AUCCUAUAUGGAUAAUAUCGCAAAGGCGUCAAUUAUAAGCUGCUUGUUUCCCUCGCGAGGGAAGAAGAAGACACUGUAAGAAUUUGAACUUUCAUCCAUUGUUAACCGUCUUCUUUGGGAACCCUAAACGUUUCGAAAGGAGAGCAAGAGAUGAGUCAGCAUUUGAAGUUAGCUAAAAGCUCAAUUUUCUUACACGAUGCCAAUCUACAUAAAUGUCCACUUCUGGUCAGACCGUGCUUUUAUUAUUGGCGUAACACUGUUAAUCAGCGAUGUCAAGUUAUUAGAUCUUCAGUAGAAGGAUGUUAUACGACAAGAGAUUCUACGAAAACAACUUAUUACGAGGCGGAAGUUUGGGAUGGAGAACAACUUAAUACCUGUCCACAUGUACAAACGCUUAGACAAUUUCCAAGGGAAUUGCUUUCUGGAAAAAUUGUGAUGGUUCGAUUCGACUCCACUCCUUUCCUUCGAGAAGCACUGGACUAUAACACCCCAUUAAUCAAAAGUGCCCUAUUUAGUAUCAAGUAUUUGUUACACCAUGGUGCUAAAGUCCUUAUAGUUAGUGAUUGGGGUCGACCCAAGGACUCAACACAGCUUCUCUCAGCUGAGAUUGUUGCAGAUAAACUAUCAUCAGCUCUCCAACUAAAAGUGGUGCCGGCAAAUUGGGUUUCUGUCAACUCACAGUUUAAGAUGGAAGAGGUUGAGAUAUCAGAUGUUCUUCUUUUUGAGAAUCUCUCGAAGUUUAAGGAGGAACGUGCGAAUUCUUCAAUGUUUGCUGAAAAAUUAUCAUCAGGAGUGGAUAUCUUUGUUAACGACACUUUUUCCCAAUCACAUAAGGUGCUAGCAUCAACCGUUGGUGUUUCUCGCUAUUGCUAUGCUUCUAUUGCUGGUUUUUGUUUCGAGAAGCAACUAGAGGAACUGGUGGAGGUGACGAGGCCCAAGCAACCGUAUUUUGCAAUUAUCGGAGGGGGGAAUCUCCAUGAUAAAGUAAAAGCCUUGGAAUUUUUAGCUUCUAAAUGUGAUGGCUUGGUUUUUGUCGGAAUGAUGGCAUUUCAAAUAAUGCAUGGCCUAGGAUUGCCAGUGCGUUUGAAUCUUGUGGAGCUGUCUGCUGUUGGAUCUUCCUUAAAGAUAAUUCAAAUUGCACGUGGAAGGAAUAUACCUAUUCUGCUACCAAAAGACUUUUGGUGCACUAAUAUGUGCAAUCGAGACGAAUUGCGUACAUUUACUGCCAACGACAUCUUGGAUGGUUGGGAACCUGUUGAUCUUGGGCCGGUUUCAUUGGAUGAGAUAUCCUCACUCCUUACAAACUGCAAGAAGAUUCUGUGGAUUGGCCCAGUAAGGUUUAUGCUGUCAAGACCAGACACUCAUGGAGCAUCUAAGUUGGCGACAAUGGUUGAAACAUCAAGUAGACGUGGUUGUGAUGUAACUGUUGUUGGAAAUGCUGCAUGCAAAGCAAUAGCAGAGACGUCAAGUGCGCUAUCCCUUUAUAGUUUGCAUGAGAACGCUUCAGUUGUAUGGGAAUUUCUGAAAGGAAGAACACUUCCGGGGAUUGCAGCUUUAGACAGAGCAUACCCUUUUGACAUUGACUGGAAAUCCAUUUUUCGUGAUCCAACACUACCAUUAAUAGUUGAUAUUGGGAGCGGAAAUGGAUUAUUUAUCUUUGGAAUGGCAAGAAUUCAACCAGAUGUAAACCUUCUGGGUUUGGAGAUAAAUAAAAAGGUUGUAAAGCGUUGUCUUGAUUUUCUUCAAGAAUCUGGCCUGAAAAAUAGCUACUUCAUUGCAACCAAUGCAACAUCCACAUUUCGGUCAAUAGUUUCCAGCUACCCUGGGAAAUUGGUUCUUGUUUCCAUACAGUGUCCGAACCCCGACUUCAAUAGACCUGAAUAUAGAUGGCGAAUGCUUCAGACGUUGCUUAUUGAAGCAAUAGCAGGCCUGCUUGCAACCGAAGGAAAGGUAUUUAUCCAAUCAGAUGUUGAAGCAGUUGCAGUGAGAAUGAGGGACCAAUUUAUGAAGUACAGCGAAAGCAAACUCGCCAUCCUAAAAGACGAAACAGAUACCAAAAUUGAUAGCAGAGGAUGGAUUGAGGAGAAUCCAUUUGGCGUUCAGUCAGAUUGGGAACGCCAUGUCAUUGAACGCGGUGACCCAAUGUACAGAUUAAUGAUUUCGAAAAUUGAUUAGUGCUAAAACCAUUAAUUGAUUUCUAAUACAGUAGAUAGUUUCACAACAUCAACUGAAGUAGUUCCUUGGCUGUGAGAGAACAAUUGCCAAGAGUUACCAUAUGCCGGAGAUAAUCGAGAAGACACAAUUACCUAUAUACCCGGUGUGCCGGCGAUUGAGCCUGUUGAUAUGAUGUCAUACCUACAAGACACGGAUACGUCGACGAUAGUUCAUGAAAUUAUCUUUAAAGCAUUCGAUGAUGUCAGAG